AUGGACCCACUACCAAGGACGGAUCUUUCAGGGCACGGCGAGAGAGCAGUGCGGGACAUAACUUGCGGUGCGAUAUCUGGCAUCGUAGGGAAGUACAUUGAGUACCCGUUCGACACUGUCAAGGUCCGCUUGCAGUCACAGCCAGGCCAUCUCCCGCUUCGAUACACAGGACCAGUGGAUUGCUUCAAGCAGUCAUUGCGAAGAGAUGGAUUCCUGGGGCUAUACCGUGGGAUUAGUGCUCCUCUGGUAGGAGCUGCUGUCGAGAUGAGCAGCAUGUUCCUGACCUAUCAAAUAGCUAAGGAUGCUUUGAGAGCGACUAUAUACCAUCCAUCCGAGUACUCAGCUACGGAAGACCUCCCUCUCCCCGCUUUGCUUGCUUGUGGUGCUGCAGCAGGCGCCUUGACAUCCUUCCUCCUCACGCCAAUUGAACUCGUCAAGUGCAAAAUGCAAGUCCCAUUGGAGAGUUCUGCGAUACAUCUCAAGCGCCCCGGUCCACUUCAGAUAAUGGCAUCCGUAUACCGUCACCAAGGACUUCGGGGAUACUGGCACGGCCAGCUGGGGACCCUCAUCCGCGAAACUGGAGGCUCUUCAGCCUGGUUCGGCGCGAACGAAGGCAUAAAGAUCCUGUUUCGCAAAUUUGGAAGCUCAUCGAAACUAGGGAAGGACGAGGCGCUGCCAAUUUGGCAACAGAUGACAGCCGGUGCCUUCGCGGGGAUGUCGUACAACUUUGUCUUCUACCCUGCCGACACCAUCAAGUCGCAGAUGCAAACAGAGGAUGUCAGUAAAAUGACGGGCGGAAGACGCACGUUCGGUGCAGUCGGUAAGACACUAUGGGAGCAACACGGUAUCAAAGGUCUUUACCGCGGCUGCGGGAUUACUGUUGCGAGAGCCGCGCCAAGCUCGGCAUUCAUCUUCACGAUAUAUGAGGGGUUGGUGCAGAGGUGGCCCACCGCCAGGUGGGAGAAAGAGAGCCGAGGCCAACCACCUAGGUCAUUCACUCCACGAUCGCGUGCGGUUCCAGAUCCAACCUCAUCCCCCUCCAAACCCUCAUUCCCCAUGCAACACUCACAACAGCCUUCUCCCACCCACUCUGACCACGCGCAGGCGGCUCUAGAGAAGAUCGUACUAGACCCCAAAUACCACGAUGUCCUGACCCUCGUGAAAGGGAUCCGGAACGGUAUCGUGUACGGGUCAAAAGUGCGAUUCCCACACGCGCUGGUCAUGAUCUUCCUCUUCCGCAGCGGCUCCCUGCGCCAAAAAACCCUCCUCGUCCUCCGCGCCACCCGCAUGCACGCCCGCAACCUCGGCCUCUUCGCCCUCGUCUACAAAGCCACCAUGCUGGCCCUGCGGCACACGUCGCCCACCGGCCGCGAGCGCCACUGGGACGCCUUCCUCGCGGGGCUGGUCGGCGGCUACACCGUCUUCGGGCGCACGAUCCACAACUCCGUCUCGCAGCAGAUCGUCAUCUACGUGUUCGCUCGGGUGGUGCUCGCGAUCGCGAAGAACCUGGUCGAGCCGGCGGGCAAAGGCAGGAUCGCGGGCGGGGGAGGCGGGUGGGGGCUGAUUAAGGACGAGGGGAUGCGGCGGGAGGUGAUGAGGCAGGGGUGGCCGGUGUUCGCGAGCGUGAGCUGGGCGGCCGUCAUGUAUAUGUUUCGGUGGCAUCCGGAGACGGUGCAGCCGAGUUUGCGGAAUAGUAUGCACUAUAUAUAUGUGCAAUCGGACCACUGGGAUUCGCUGCGGAAUUUUAUUUGGCAUAAUAAAUGA